GGCGGGCGGGAAGCCAGGCAGGCGGCCGGGCAGGCGGCCGGGCGGGCGGGAUGGCGGACGAGGAGGAGGAUCCCACGUUUGAAGAAGACAACGAAGAAGCCGGAGGGGGAGCAGACGGAGGGCAGGGGAAGAGGAAAAGGCUUUUCUCCAAAGAACUGAGGUGUAUGAUGUAUGGAUUUGGAGAUGACCAGAACCCUUACACGGAAUCGGUUGAUAUUCUUGAAGAUCUUGUAAUAGAGUUUAUCACUGAAAUGACGCACAAAGCGAUGUCGAUUGGACGACAAGGUCGGGUGCAGGUUGAAGAUAUCGUCUUCUUAAUCCGUAAGGACCCAAGGAAGUUUGCCCGGGUUAAAGACUUGCUUACUAUGAAUGAAGAACUCAAACGAGCCAGGAAAGCUUUCGAUGAAGCCAAUUAUGGAUCUUGACAUUUUUGUAAUUUGUUGAACAGCCUUAGAGCCAUCGUGUGUAUGUAUACUUUCCAUUUGGCUAAGAAUGCGUGGCCCCGAAACAAAGUAGCCAGACAGACACAGAGCUAUAGCAGUAUAAAAGGAAAGUGGAUCGUAAACUCAAAUUUUCAGGCUUUAUUCUGACUUUCUAAAUUUCAGAUGGGCUUUUGGGGUCCUUAAUUGUCCUUUAUUUCCUAGACAUGAAAGGUUUACGGAUGUUUUAACAACGUUAGGGUAGCGCAUUUUCUCUGACCUACGCUUCAGCAUUCUGUUUUGGUGCUGUUGUGUUUUGCUUCUGGAUGGUGACUUCAGACUUGAGUGAGAAUUUUUAGUAGUCACGUGUAUUUGUUCACCGCUCCUCUGUAUGCUGGCCCCCUGGGAAUGCACUAAGGAUAACUUUUUCUUUGCAAUGGUCUCUCUUUCUCCUUUCUAAUAAACAACCCUAGGUAUUUUUAAGUUGCCCCAAGCAUUCUCCAAAUUCAUUUUUUCAAUAUGCCCGUUGGCUAGUUCUUCGUUUGGUUCCCCCCGCUUACGCCUGGAGAUCUCCUCCUGUUCUCAUGUUCCGUUGGGUUAGCGUUCAAGCCGCAGCCCACACUUCGAUUUUCCUCACCGUUAUCUCACGUUUCAGUCAGUCAGUGGUAUUUAUUGAGCAGUUAAACUUUGUGCAGAAUGUCUGGGAGAGUUCAGUACAACAGAAUUGGUAGACACAGUCCUUGCCCACAAUGAGGUACAGUACUCCUAGAUUGCUGCCCUAGCAAGGGCUGAUUUGGGCUGAUAAUGAUUUUAGUAGAGGUGCCAGGGCAAUCUUUGACUGCAAAUCAAUAAAGACUUUCUAAUUGGAGAAUUAUUUAUGCCCUGGGGAUUGUGCUGCAGUUGUUUAUGUGGUCUGAGCCCCCUUUUUCGGUCUAUGGUUUUGGAGAAUUUAAUUUGUCUUCAAGGUCCCAGAAAAAUAGAGAAUUUAAUCUAUCUGCAGGGUCCCCCCAAAAAUAGGGAAUUUUAUUUAAUCUGUCUGCAAGCUCUCCGAAAAAUACCUGCUUAGGGAUGUAUUUUUUUUUUUACAAUAGACCAUGCCUGUAUUACAUGAGUAAGUCAGUGUUCCAAAAGGCUAAUCAUCUCUUGUAGUGAUUUUACUUAAUUUUCUUUCCUCAGUUCUAGAAGUGACUUAUAAUUAAUGAGAAUUGAAUCAGUUGUGAAAUUUUGUAUGCAAGCCUAAAAAACAAAGGACCCUUCCCUGUUUUUUGUUUGUCAACAGUUUGUUUUGGGUCUGUGCAUGCUGGAUUUUAGGCAAGCCAUUUGCACAAAGGAGUUCUUGAGAGGGAGUUUUGAUUGUACUCUCCUCAGCGCUUAGUACAGUGCUCUGCACAUAGUAAGCGUUCAGCACAUACCACUGUUUUUGAGUCUUAAAGGUGAUGUAAUUUAGUCCCCGGUGGUAGAAAAAUUGGUGGUUGGGAUCAGUGGUGCCUAUUGAGUGGAAAGCACUAUAGUAAGUAAGCUCUUGGGAGAGUACAAUACAAGAAGUUUUUAGGAAGGCUUUUCUGAUUUUGAUGUUGUGAAAAUGCUUACUUGGGUAGAAACAUUGACCUGUAUGUGCUGCUAUUAUUUUUCUGAAUAUACAGUUGUGUGGGUUUGGGUAUAUUCUGUGUCUAAAAUUUUUUGCACUUAAUAGCUUAUACAUUUUGAGAAGUGAAAUAACAUUUGAGGGGAUCAUGGAAAUCUUUUUUUAUGAAGUCCUACAUGUUUGCAAACUUAUUUUGAGCGGUCAGCUGGCCUGUUCUGGGGGAUUUUGCUGGAAUAAACUUAAAAAGUUCUGAACCAGUAAGUGGCUGUAUUCUGUCCUAUGAGGUGGGUCUGUCUUUUCAGCGGUGUUCGUGUCUGUGACUCAGCUUGCCCAGCGUGCCCAUGUGGAUAACGAGCAUCUCUUCAAAUCAGGCGUGGAACAAAUUCCACGCUGGUGCUGAGGUAGUUUUCCUUAUCCCCUGGAUGUCGUGAUUCAAGUGUGGAUAGAAGAAGAGAGGAGUUUGGAACCUCAGAUACCUCUGGCACUUGUGGUUCCAGGAUUUGGGAAUGCGCCAGAGCAGGAUGAACCUCUCCUGAGUGGUAGCAGUUGUAAUAAAGUUCAAUAAGCGCUUGCUGUGUGCGGAGCGCUGUGCUAAGCGCUGGGAGAGAAUCCCUACAGUUGCAUUUGUUUUGCAAUGGUAUUUAAGGGCCUACUCUGUCAAGCAUUGUUCUAGGCGCUGGGGUAAAUAGAAGGUAAUCGGGCUGGACGUAGUCCCUUUUCCACUUACGGCUCACAGUCUGAGUGACUGUUUUUAGAGUUGGGGAAACUGAGGCACGGAGAAGUUAAGUGACACAGCAGAUCAGGGCUGCCAUCUCUGGACCCAAUGUGACUGUCGCCUAGAAAUCGCAUUAGAGUACUAUUAUCUUCCCAAAAGAGUGGUGGGAUUGAUGUGUGGAUUCCCCUCACUGACUUUUCCCAGACCAUCUAACCUUCAGGAAGUGCUCUACCUUUAUGAUGGUGCAUCAGAGUCAUCAAGUGAUUUAAAAAUGCAAAUGUCAAUAUGUGAUCAAAGGAAUGUAAAAGCAGAGUAAUAAAAAAAGAUUUUGAAUGAGAAUUUUUACCUAUA